AAAUGUUAAACGAGUCACGUGAUAUCAAAAUGGAGGAUGCACUUUCAUUUCCGUUAUGUUGACAUUUUGAUUUUAACAAGUAAACGCCUAAUAUUUUGACAAUUCAACAAAGCUAAAAAUACACAGAGUUGUGUGUUGUUUAUCUAACUACACUUUGAGGAUGAAAUGAUCAGAUGAAACAUGAAGUCUAUUGAAGCAAAAGUUGUAGUUCUUGGAUCUCAAGCGGUCGGAAAAACCAGUGUUGUUAUUCGCUAUGUUGGUGGAAUGUUCAGUAAGGCAGUCAGUCCAACUAUUGGUGCCUCAUUUUUUACAUACAAACUAACCCUAAAUAACUACAGAAUGAAGCUGCAAGUGUGGGAUACUGCAGGUCAAGAAAGAUUCAGGUCAAUGGCACCCAUGUACUACAGAAAGGCCAAUGCAGCCAUGCUGGUUUAUGACAUCACUUCAGAGGACAGUUUCUAUGACAUCAAAGACUGGGUCAGCGAACUGAAAAAGAAUGUUGAUACACCUAUUGUGAUGUGCCUUGUGGGAAAUAAGAAUGACCUUGAAGAGAGUCGAGAGGUCAAUGUCAAGGACGCUCAGGAAUACGCUGAUUCUAUAGGGGCUCUGUUUCAUGAGACCUCUGCUCUCAAAAAUGUAGGUGUAGAAGAGGCAUUCCUGCAGGUGGCGCAACAGCUUGUGAAGCUGUACGAGUCGUCUCCAAACAGCGGACUAUACUCCAUUGACCUGGAUCAGUCAUCUUCUUCUCAAAAUCCGGACAGUUCCGGAGGUAGCUUCCAGUUGCCUCCAGAUAAGAGCUCCACAGCAAAUGCAGCUGGAUCCAAAUGUGCCUGCUAAGCCAUGUAAAAAUCGCAGUGUUCUGUGUAUGGAUCAGACUGGAUUGAAAUGUUUUUAACAAGCAUAUCAUUUUAAUUAAUUUUGUGGUUUACUUAUUUGCUCACUGUUUUUAAUUUUACAUUUGAAUUAUUGAAGGUUGUUUUUUGAGCUUUUUUUUCCUUGACAGAUUUAGAAUGACAAAAUUGGCACAUUUUGCAAAUAAUUGGGUCCUUUUGCUUGAUGUUUUAGAUUUAAUACUACCAUUUUUAAUUAUCCUUGACCAAAUUUAUAGAAAUAAUCUGUGGGGCUUAUUAAACAUGUUCUCUUUUGGAAGUCUUACCAUAAUUCUGAAACAACAUUAAAUUUAGAAUAAAAAUUAAAUAAUUUCCAAGAAAAAUAACCAAUAACAUAUUUUCUCUACUUCAAAUUUGGGAACACAAACAAAUUUCCAUAUACUGCACUAGCUUGAAAAAAAAAACCAAAAAAACCCCACAGGUCUCAUUCAGAUGUUAUCUUACAAUUGGUAAUAUCCAAAAAAUACACCUUACCACAUUGCUUAAUAUUAAUAUAUAUAUGGGGUACCACAGAGUCUGUAUAUAUCUAACUGAUAAAAUUUCUACCUUAUUCCAGAAGAGAAAAUUGAAGAUGUCAAACAUUCCUGUAUUUUAAAUUGGCAUGGUACAGUUUUUUCAUCAAAAUAACUUACUUGAGAUACAAAAAUUCAUUACAUGUAAUUUUUGUAAAAAUAUUUCUGCUAAAUACCAGAAAUUAUAAAUUUGAAUGUGAAUCAAUUAAUGUGGUUUUUUGAAACCUUGAUACAUAUAUAUAUUAUUAAUGUUGAUGAGAGAAGAUCAUAUUUUAAAAUUUGAUCAGUUUUAACAUUUUGAAAUUUUACAAUAUUUAACCUUGAAAUAUAAUUUGAAAAUUUAAAUUAUUCUUACGGUUAAAGAUGUAUAUCUAAAGGCCCCAGCGGGAUUUGAACUCAGGACUUGUGAUUCGGUAGCUGACACAUAAUCCUAUAUAACUGCGCCACACUGCUAAACAUUAAGACUGGAAUGUCUCAUACGUCCUUAAAUCAUGAUUUUCAUUUAUAAAUUAAAUGUGCACAGCAAAAUGUUAUAUUGAUUUUAAAACUGCACUGUGAUGAAAAAAUCCUUCCUUUUGCAGUGCAAUUACAAAGCUAUUCUCAAAAAAUUUUGGCCAAAGUUGUACUUGCAUGAAUAUGGUCUUUUUCAAAGUCUAUAUCGCAUAUAUGUGAAAAUGUUUUGAAAAGAAUAAAUGGCAUUGGAAAAAAACAAUAACUUGUCAAAAAUCGAAAUAAAUUUCAGUAAGCAUUGAUUCAUUGAAUUCAGGGGAAAUCCUAGAUUCAGGUCUAUAUACUUAGCUUCGGGUCUGAAAAAAAUUGAUUAUAGACAUUCCUGACGGACUCCAGUUUUCACUUCAAAUGGCUGAGCUGUCAGUUUUUCUCCCAGGUCGUCCAUCCAAAUUUUUUUUUUCAGACCAGGAGCUACAGACCUGCAGUUAGGGAAAGCCAUGUACACUGUAGCAAGAAAAAACCCCAUUAUGUGUGCAUGAUGUUUAUACAUAUACACAUAAUGUAUAAAAUAAUAAUGUAUAUACAAUGAGUUCAUGUGAUAUACAGUACUUUGAUGUAACUAUUUUUUUUUUAUACACAUGUAAAUUUUAAUGAUAUUUAUUGAUAUGAAAUAUAGGUUUGAGUGAAGCAAAAUGUGUUUUAAUUUUAAUAUAUGCUGCAUUUCUUAAUGUAAAAAUUGUGCAAGUCAUAUUCUUGCAUGAAAAUAUGUGAAAAAUAUGUGAAGAUUGUACAUAUGAUAUACUCUAAUUAUAAAAUAUUGAAUAUUGAAAAUCGAAAAUAAUAUAGAAAGAAUAUUACAUGUACAAUUUAAUUGGAAAUGGUAGACUGUAUAAAAACAAUUAAUUCUUUAUUUGGUUUAGUUUGAUGAUGUAUUGGAUUAAUUUAUUUCCAUUUUAUAAUGAAUGAUUUAAUGUAGUAAUUGUUAAAUACAAGAAUGUAUGUAUAAUGGUAUUGUUUCUUUAAUAAAAAAAUUAAUAAUC